AUGAGCGAACCUCCUUCCACCAGUUUUUCCAUGAUUUAUCCGACUUCUUCAGAAGGUCAAGGUCUUUCCCCUCGCCAUUUCAGCGUCACUCAACCUGCUGUAGCCAAAAAGAUCAGCUUCUACAAGAGCGGAGACCCGCAAUUUGGUGGAGUCAGGGUGGUGGUCAACCCUCGUUCCUUUAAGACAUUUGAUGCUUUGCUGGAUAACUUGUCAAGGAAGGUGCCGCUACCUUUCGGGGUGAGGAACAUCAGCACCCCUCGAGGAAGGCACAGCAUCACUAGUCUAGAGGAGCUGGAGGACGGCGAGUCGUACCUGUGUUCUCACGGCAGGAAGGUGCAGCCGGUGGACCUGGACAAGGCCCGCCGACGCCCGCGGCCCUGGCACAGCAGCCUAGCCCUCACCGCGCACGCGCACCGCUCCCCUGCCGCCGCCGCUCCCGGCAUGCUGCGCGCCCCGCGGAGGCUCGUGGUCUUCAGGAAUGGCGACCCGAAGAUAAGACGCGUGGUCGUUCUGAACAAGAGGGUCACCCCGAGUUUCGAGGCCUUUCUGCAGCACCUGACAGAGGUCAUGAAGCGCCCGGUUACCAAGCUGUACGCUACGGAUGGAAGGAAGGUUCCCAGUCUCCAGGCCGUGAUCCUGAGCUCUGGAGCUGUGGUGGCAGCAGGAAGGGAGCCAUUUAAACCAGGAGAUUAUGACGUCCAAAAGUACUUGCUUCCUGCUAGAUUACCGGGGAUCUCUCAUCGUGUGUACCCCAAGGGAAAUGUUAGGUCAGAAAUCAGGAAGAGUGGUAACUGGAAAGUUGCCAUAAUCACCAGUGACUUGCCAAAUGCAGGGACCAGCUCACAGAUUUAUAUUAUACUAUAUGGACACCAUAGAUGUUCAGCCCCCAUAUAUCUUUAUGGAACAGAUGGAGUUCGAUUUCAGAGUGGCCAUGCAGACAUCUUUACUAUCAUGGUUGGAGACAUUGGAACACUCUUUAAGAUUCGUAUUGGUCAUACCAACUCUGGACUCUCCCCUUCCUGGCACUGUAAAGAGAUACAAUUGUGGAACAUGAAUUCUAGAAGAGAGUUUUAUAUACCUGUUCAACGAUGGUUGGCACGAGAUCAAGAGGAUGGGGAAAUCUGUCGAGAAUUUCCUGUUUUAAACAAAGGACAACCCAUCCUGCCAGUGACAGUAUAUGAAGUGCACGUGGCAACGGGUGAGCUUUGGAAUGCUGGAACAGUAGCGAAUGUCUACUUGUCUGUCUAUGGGGAAAAGGGAGAUACAGGAUCCAGACAACUAUUUAGAUUGAAGAGCUCCUUCAGUUUUUUAAGAGGACAAACUGACACCUUCUCCCUGGAAGCUGUGCACCUUGGGGAUUUGUACAAGAUUGUCAUAGGCCAUGAUGGGCUCGGCCCAGGAAAUGGCUGGUUUCUUGAAGAUGUUGUAGUCAAGGAUCCCACGACGAACCAUGAAUAUGCCUUCCUCUGUCACAGAUGGCUGGAUCAAGGGGAAGAUGAUGGCAAAAUUGUCAGAGAACUGUAUGGCAGGGAUAAUAGUGUCAUCUUUGCAAGGCAGAAGCUAGAACUUCGUAGAAAAGAAAUAUGGACUGCAGAAAACUGGAAGUUUAUGAAGGGAAAUACUCUUCAGUUCUACAACAGGCUUACUGGAGGAUUUGUCCGUCUACAUCCAGAUGGCACGGUUGAUGCAGUUGGAGAGAAGACAGACAAAUAUGGUGUCUUUGAUGUUGUUUUCAACAAAGGAAAUAUAUGUGUUUUCCAAAGUCAUGAAAUGAGGCAUCUUUCUCUUGCUCUUGACAAUGGCUCUGUCACUGGCAUGGCUAGUGGUGGAGUCUCCACUGAGCUGCGGGUGCUUUAUCAGCCCAACCGCUGUGUACUUCUUGAGUCAGCACUGGUUCCUGGUCACACAGUUAUUUUUGAUCGUCAUGGCAAAAGAGCUGAUGAAUCAUCAGCAGGCUAUGCAGACCUUUCAAAAGAAUUUGUAGUUUUUGUCAAGGGUAUGUUCCUCAACAGUGCUGUGGUUCUACUUACUACGAGUCUAUGCCAGGCCCUGUGUCUCCAGCCCGAUGGGAGCUGCACUGGAGUGGGGAACCAGUCUGAAAGAUCCUACUGGAAGGUGCAUAAAAUCAGCUCUGGGAUUUUCAUGUUUGAAAGUGUGAAAAAUGCACAGAUGUAUCUGAGGAUUAAGGAUGGCCGGUGUGAUGGAACAGGUACAGGAGAUACUGACUGUCAUUUUAAGAUUAAGAAGAACUUGGAAAAUGCAUCUAUAAGCCUGGAAUCUACGAAGAACCCAGGAUUGUUUGUUGGACUUCAGUCAGAUGGACAGGCAAAACCAGUUAUUUAUACCAAGAGUGGAAAUGUUUUCUUCUAUCCGCAAGUCAUCAAAUUUGGCAGAGAAAACCCAAAGGGUAUAUCUGCAACACCCAGCCAAGAGGAGGAAAAGAUCCGUAAGUCAAAAAAACAGCAAGAAACACCACCAGAAUCUGAGGCCAGAGGUCCCUUACUUUCUUCAACUGCAAAAGUUAAACCUUCCCAAAGCGAUGAGACCCUUCUGUCAGAAGAUGAAUGGAAGGUGUUAGUGCUGACGGGAAAUACAGGGACUCAAGCCAAUGUCACACUCUGGGUAUAUGGAGACGAAGGAGUCACUGGACCAAUAAGUCUUAGCAAGGACAGCUCAGAGCAGCUCUUCCUUCCAAGACAGGAGGAUGAGUUUCAGAUUGAAAUAAGGAGCAUUGGAAUGAUAUAUAAGAUAAGGAUAGGACAUGAUGGAACUAGCGAGCAACCUGAGUGGAGUUUACAGAGGGUGACCAUGCAACAUAUAAAAAGCAAGAAGACCCUGGAUUUUGCAGCAAAUGCAUGGUUAUCUCGAAUCCAAGCAGAUGGGGAUGUUGUCUGUGAGCUUCCCGUAGUAGAAGGAGGACAAGCUAUUUUUCCAUUAGUGAGAUACCAUGUUGAUGUUCAUACUGGCCAAUUGAAGCAAGCAGAAACGAAGUCUGAAGUUUCCCUGUGUCUCUACGGGGAGAGAGGAGACUCUGGUCUUAGACUGCUGUACAAAUCUAACAUGCCAGUAAAGUUUCAAAGAGGACAGACUGAUACAUUUCAAGUAGAAGCAGUGUCACUUGGAAAACUGCAGAAGGUGCUGUUGCGCUGUGAGGCCAGUGACAAAUCACAGUACUGGUAUUGUGAAAAGGUUGUCGUCAGAGAACCUGGUACUACAUCUGAGUCCAUCUUCACCUGUGAAAGAUGGCUUCCCUUUAUGUCUCAGGGCAUAAUUCAUUCAGAAAUUGAACUUUUUCGUCAAGAAAUGCAAGUAAAUCAUCAACCUAAAAUACAAGAGGAAGCAAAUGAAGGAGAUUGGAAAGUGACUGUUGUCACUGGGGAUCUUGAAAACGCUGGCACCACGGCAACAGUAUCCCUUUAUGUCUAUGGAGAAACAAGAUGUUCAGGCCCUAUUAUUUUGGGAUCUGGGAAACACCAGCUGUUUAACCCCAACAGCGCAGAUAUAUUCAAGAUUAACCUUAAAGAUAUUGGUGACAUCUAUAAAAUACGUAUUGGACAUGACAACAGCGGAAAGGAUCCCAGGUGGUAUCUGGAAGAAAUUAGACUCGAAAAUAUAGACACACGUGAGCUGUUUUGUCUACCUGUUGAUUCCUGGAUAGCUGAGAAUGAACAUGGUGGAGAUAUAUGGAAAGAGAUGCCUGUUGUGAGAACUAAUAAAGCACCUUUGCCAGUGGUGGCUUAUGAGAUCUACAUAUACACUGGCAGGAAGCCAGGUGCAGAGACAGAGUCUAAUGUAUUUAUCAACCUGAUUGGCACCAGAGGAGAUUCGGGAAAUCGAAGACUUCAUCAAUCCAAAAAUAACAAAGUCAUGUUUCUGCGUGGACAGCUUGAUAUUUUUUCCAUUGAGGCAGUGUCUCUUGGAAAACUGAAGAAAGUUCUGGUUAGUCACGAUGGGACAGGUCCAGGUAAUGGAUGGUUUCUUGAGAGCAUUGUUGUUAAAUCUGAAGAGGAACACAGCAAUCAAGAGGUGCUGUUUCCAUGCAACAGGUGGCUAGAUGAGUACCAGGAUGAUGGCAGGACGGAGCGGGAACUGCUGGCAGAAGGAAGCAUCAGUGCAGUAGGAGAGACUGGAUCCGUGGCCUCCUGAAGGGGCCCACCUGGUCUGUCGCUGCCCUGAGCCUUCA